GUGAACCUGCUUGCCUCAUGCGUAUUUAGCCACUCCAAUAUUGAUUAUAGACUUCGUAAGGGCUCAACGAUGCUAGUGGCUGAGUGUGUUCGCACACUGUCAUCACAUAAAUUCUCAACCCAUCCGGGCAGGAUUAGACCGCGCCUCCGAUCCCCAUGCAGAGGGAUAUCAAAACGUUCAGUGACUGGUACAGAAGUGCGAUACACUGCGGAUCUUUUACAAACAGCCACCGUUUCCGGUGCCACUGGCCACAUUGCAUCAUGAUGCCGAAGGUCGCAGGUUUUCCAAGUCCGAGGGCGCCCCAAAAGCCAUCCUCCUCGCAUGUAAUGGGUGCAACUAUGCCUUUAUGCCUCGCAACGCCCUUAAUGACUUGGGAGAACGCACCCUCUGCCAACGGCAUUCGCGCCACGGUCAUGUCGCAUGUCAUGGAUUUGGGACAAACUCUUCCCAGACGCAACAAUUACCGAGGAACUUCAAGCUAUUGACAUGGCCGUGACUGGCGCAGAAGGAUCAAGCCCACGAGUCUCAUUCCGACCCCUAGUCCUCAACGUUUCGCGGGAUGGUUUGGCUUGGCGAGCUCUCCACGGACCUCCACGGACCAAAGACGCCUACGACCAUCAAUAGGGCAGGCUUUCUAGUUAGGUCUAGACAUGCCUCAUCUACUUUCUGACGGAGAGGCCUCAGCGCACGCCGCUAUCAUUGCGCGAGGAUCAGUCAUUGAGCAAUUUGCCAUCGCCUGAUCAGGUACUUGAUAUAGUACCCAUUGUGAUGCAUCGCGGUCCUUGAGUAUCUCGUUACGCGUCCCCCGAGGAUACUCGUUACUCCAGACACCAAGCAACUACGGUGGUCUCGUGAGGUUGAUGAUAAAGUCUACCAGCGACUUGAGUCCCCUUUAUCAGG